CGAGUAUUGUGAUGGGACAUUUUUUAGAGUGACACAAAACGUCAUUGAUUUGUAGCAGUAUCAUAUCGACUGUUGCAAUGGCAGGGGGAGGGGCAGCGGGUGUCGACCUCAGCAGGAAAUUUGUGUCGGAGUCAGAGCUUGAUGAGAGGAGAAAGAAAAGACAGGAGGAAUGGGAGAAAGUCAGGAAACCUGAUGACCCAGAGGAGGCCCCAGAGGAGGAGUAUGACCCACGUUCCCUCUUUGAGCGACUGCAGGAGCAGAAAGACAAGAAGCAGGAGGAAUAUGAAGAGCAAUUCAAAUUCAGGAACAUGGUGAGGGGAUUGGACGAGGAUGAGUCCAGCUUCCUGGACGAGGUCUCCCGGCAACAGAGCCUGGUGGAGAAGCAACGCAGGGACGAGGAGAAGCAGGAACUGCUGGAAUACAGAAGCGCUCUAGUGAAGCAAGCAUCUGCCGAAAGCCGCAAAGAGCCUGAGAAGAAGACAGCACCAAAACUUUCAGGGUCAGAGCAGAGGACCAGCCACCUGUCUCAGGCCCAUUUAUUGGCUGGAGCUGUCAAGAGACGCAGUUCCUCCCAGUCAUCAGACACCAGUAAGAAACAGAAGGUGGAAAUCACAACGGCAACGACAGGAAAUGGAGACAGACACACAGAACAGGAGGGAGGAGCAGGAGGAGGAGCAGGGGGAGCUGAAGAUAAACAAACACUCCCUGGCCUGACGGCGAAGACACCUUCGGCUCCCCUGAGCUCCGGUCAAGGCGUGUUACACCUGCCGUCAGCAGCCGUGUGCGUCGGUGUUUUACCAGGACUGUGGGUUUAUUCUGGCAGCAGCGACUCUGACAGCAGCUCGGACAGCGAAGGUAGCGUGGACGCAAUUAUGUUGCCGUACCCCCGGCACAGCAGGGCUUACAGAUAGGCACACAACAGCAUCCUCGCACACACAACCUCUGAAGCAUGUUUGCCUGCCUUUUAGAAUGGUCUGCAAACAGUCAGAAAAGGUAACCUCACACACACAGACAGAUUAAAGGUCAUACAUACACACUGUUACAGAGGUACACACAAAGCAGAGCCUACAGAAGUGUAACUGCAGGCUACACAAGUUUAUAUCACAUUAGAGUCAAACACUGGCAACACACACACCAAGCAAAUAUUUUCAGUAUUCCUGUUGUUUUCACAGCUGUGAGUUGAACUGUUGCUCUUUGUCGCCAGACAAAGUUCAGCCCAGUAGUAUAAUCUUAACAAACAGUAAUAUUUAAACCAAUUUAAACUCUAUUCUGAACUAAAUCUGUGUAUCUAUUUGUGUUUUUUUUUUUUGCUAUUGUGGCACUCAAACAUGACACCUCCACCCUUCCUUCCCUUAAUCACAUCUC